UUUCUGGAGCGCUGGAGGCCGAGGGGAGGUUCUCUCAAGUGUCCCCGCCGUGAACGGUCGGCGCACCGGAACCAAGCAGCGCGUUCGGGGACCGGCGGGAAGGCGAGCGGGCGCGUACCGGAAACUGGUUCCGGAGAGAUGGCGGACUCUGGUGGUUGGGGGAGUUUGCCGGUCCCGCUCCACCCGCGGAUCCUGGAGUCGCUGCGGAGUUUAGGUUUCUCCAGCAUGACUCCGGUGCAGUCUGCAACAAUCCCUCUGUUCGUAAGCAACAAGGACGUGGCAGUUGAAGCAGUGACCGGCAGUGGGAAAACAUUAGCAUUUGUCAUCCCGAUUCUGGAAAUCCUUUUGAAGCGGGAGGAGAGGUUAAAGAAACUGCAGGUCGGGGCCCUGAUUGUCACUCCCACCCGGGAGCUGGCUAUGCAAAUCGAUGAGGUGCUCAGGCACUUCACCGUGCACUUCCCACAGUUCAGCCAGAUUCUCUUCAUCGGUGGGAGGAAUCCAAUAGAAGACGUUGAGAGGUUCAAGGAGCAGGGAGGGAGCAUUGUGGUGGGCACCCCUGGCCGAUUAGAGGACAUGUUCAGGCGGCGGGCAGACGGACUCGACCUUGCCAGCUGCAUGAAGAGCCUGGACGUGUUGGUGCUGGAUGAGGCCGACCGCCUCCUCGACUUGGGGUUUGAAGCAAGCCUGAACACCAUCCUGGGCUUCCUGCCAAAACAGCGGAGAACGGGGCUCUUCUCGGCCACCCAGACGGACGAGGUGGAGACCCUGGUGCGGGCGGGGCUGCGUAACCCCGUCCGUAUCACGGUGAAGGAGAAGGGAAUGGCGGCAGACAGCACCCAAAAGACACCCAUCCGGCUGCACAACUAUUUCACGGUCUGUCGAGCGGAUGAGAAGUUUAAUCAGUUAGUUGCCUUCCUCCGGAAGCAUAAGAAACAGAAACACCUCGUUUUCUUCAGUACGUGUGCCUGUGUGGAAUAUUACGGCAGUGCGCUGGACAAGGUGGUGAAGAACGUCCGGAUCAUGUGUAUCCAUGGAAAAAUGAAGCAGAAACGCCAAAGCAUCUUCACAGAGUUCCGACAGCUCGACAGUGGGAUUCUGGUUUGCACGGAUGUCAUGGCUCGUGGUAUUGACAUCCCGGAGGUUGACUGGGUUCUGCAGUACGAUCCUCCCAGCAGUGCUAGUGCCUUUGUCCAUCGCUGCGGCCGAACAGCUCGCAUCGGUCACCACGGUAAUGCUCUGGUAUUCCUGCUUCCCAUGGAGAUGACUUACGUCAACUUCCUUUCCAUUAAUCAGAAGUGUCCAAUGGAGGAGAUGAAGUUGAUGAAGGAUUCUGUCGACGUGCUGCCAAAUCUGAAGAAGUUGGCUUUAACUGACCGAGCUUUCUUUGAAAAAGGAAUGAAGGCCUUUGUGUCAUUCAUUCAGUCUUACGCCAAACACGAGUGCAGCUUGAUUUUCCGGAUGAAGGACCUUGAUUUUGCAGCCAUUGCCAGGGGCUUUGCUCUCCUUAAACUGCCCAAGAUGCCGGAGUUGAGAGGAAAAAGAUUGCCAGGAUUUAUUCCGGAGGAUAUUGACACUAAUUCAAUCCGAUACAAGGAUAAAAACCGAGAGAGGCAGAGGCAGAAGCUGUUAGCAGAGCAGGCGAAGGAGCAAAUGGAAACCAAAAGGAAAUUUGUGAAAAAUAAACCCUGGUCGAAGCAGAAACUCAAGAGGGACAAGAAGAGAAAGCAGGCUGUCAAAAGGAAGGGUUCGGACAGGGAUAAGACCAUAAGGUAUAGGAGUAGAAUUAGGCCAUUUGGCCCAUCGAGUCUCCACCAUUUCAUCAUGACUGAUCCAUUCUUCCUUUCAGCCCCAAUCUCUUGCUUUCUUCCCAUAUCCCUUUAUGCCUUGACUAAUUAAGAAUCUAUCAACUUCUGCCUUAAAGAUAAUCAAUGACUUGACCUCCUCAGCCACUUGUGGCAAAAAAUUCCACAAAUUCACCACUCUCUGGCCAAAGAAAAAUUCAUCCUCAGCUCCAUUCUAAAAGGAUGCCCCUCGAUUCUAAAGUUAUGCCCUCUGGUCACUGACUCCCCCACCACAGGAAACAUCCUCUCCAGAUCCACUCUUUUGAGGCAUUUCAACAUUUGAUAGGCUUCAAUGAGGUCACUCCUCAUUCUUCUGAAUUCCAGUGAGUAGAUAAAUGUUCUUCAUAGGAAAAGCCUGUCAAUGAAGUUUGUGAACCUUUGAACCCUCUCCAAUGUCAGCACAUCCUUUCUCAGAUAGGGGGCCCCAAACUGCUCACAAUACUGCAAGUGAGGCCUCACAAGUGCUUUAUAAAGUCUCAGCAUUACGUCCUUGCUUUUAUGUGAGGAUAUUGAAGUCUGAAUGACACCAGGUUAUUGAUCUGACCUGGUAUGGUUGCUCAGUGUUGCUUCCAGCCCUGUUUGCUAUCUCUGCUGUU